AUGGGAGAAGCAGAGGUAUUGAGAGAAACUGAAACAAGUAUUCCUCAUGUUUAUGCUAGUUCUGAGUUAAUGGCAGUUUACACAGAGGGAUUUAUCCACGCUCAAGAAAGACUGUGGUAGAUGGAGCGUUUAAGGAGAGUCGCGCAAGGGGAGCUAAGUGAGUUGUUUGGAGAGAAGACAAUUGCCAUAGAUACAUUCUUUAGACACGUAGGACUUCAAAAGGCAGCUCGUGAGUCUCUACCAAACUUGAGUCCUGAGUCUAGUCUGAUAUUUUAGGCCUAUGCUGAUGGAGUUAAUGACUACCUAUCAAAUGUCAAGUUUCCAAAUGGUUAAACUGGAAAGAUGCUGCCCCCAGAAUAUAUUCUAUUAGGCAUUUCUGAGGUAAGACCAUGGACACCAAUUGACAGUUUAAGUAUCCUUAAGAUGCUUAAUUUCCACUUGAGUUGGAACUGGAAUCAAGAUAUGAUGCGUGAGCUAUUAAGUAUCAUCGGGCUAGAAGAUAUGGUUGAAAUUAUAUACCCAUUUAAUGCAGAUUAUGCACACAAUCUAGUAACAAUCGUUGGAGAUGAAGAUAUUCAGGGAACUAGAUUCUGGUCAGAUGCCACUUUAUCAGAGAGAUACCACAAGACAAGAGGAACCUAACCCAAGCUAACUCAAGCUUAGCAGAACAGAGCUGAGGAAAAGGCUAGAAAAGAAGAGGAGAAAUUGAGACAAGAGGAAGAAAAACUUAGAUUGGAGCAAGAAAGAUUGAGAUAAGAAGAAGAGAAGAGAUUACAGGAAGAAGAAAGGAAGAAAUAGGAGGAAGAGUAGAAGAAGAGACAGGAAGAAGAAAGAUUAAGGCAAGAGGAAGAAAAACAAAGAUAAGAGGAGGAAAAGAAAAGAUUGGAGUUAGAAGAGAAGAAAAGAUAAGAAGAAGAACAAAAGAGAUAAGAAGAGGAAAAAAAAUAAAGAGAGGAGGAGGAAAAGAAAAGAUUAGAGUUAGAAGGGAAGAAAAGAUUAGAAGAGGAAGAGAAGAAAAGAUAAGAAGAGGAACAAAAGAAGAGAUUAGAAGAGGAAAAAUUGAGAAAAGAGAAAGAAGAAUAAGAGAGAGUUUAAAAGGAGAAAGAGGAAUAAGAAAGGAAGAGAGUUGAAGAGGAGUAAAAAUAAAGAAUGGAAGCUGAGAGAAAGCAAAAAGAAGAAGAGAGAAAAGCAUAAGAAUAGGAGAAGUAAAGAUAAGUUGAAAAAGAACGCUUGAGGAAAGAGGCUGAGGAAAAAGCUAGAUUAUAGAAGGAAUAAGAAGAAAAUGAGAGAAAAAUCAAAGAAGAAUAGGAGCUCAAAUUGAAGUAAGAGUAAGAAGAAAGAAGACUCUAGGAGGAGAAAAAGAAGAAGGAGGAAGAAGCUAAGCGUUAAGAGGAAGAGAAUGAGAGAAUCAAGAAAGAAUAACUUGAGCAAGAAAGAAUUAAAAAGGAGCAAGAGGAGUUGGAGAAAAAGAGAAAAGCAGAUGAAGAGGAGAAAGCUAGAUAGCAAAAGGAGGCUGAAGAAAAAGAAAAAAUUAGAAAGGAAAAAGAGGAAUAGGAAAGAAAAUAGAAAGAACUUGAAGAAAAACAAAAAAAGUAAAAAGAGCAAGAGGAGCUCUAAGCGAAGAAAAAGCAAGAAGAGGAAGCAGCUAGAAUCAAGAAAGAACAAGAGGAAGAGAGAUUGAGAAUCUAAUAGGCAGAAACAGAGAGACUUAGAUAGGAAUAAUUAAAACAAGAGGAAUUAUAAAAAUAACAGCAAUCUCAGAAAGCAGAGAAAUCUGCAGAGUAAGCUUAAGAAGCUAAAAAAGAGUAGGUGCUACCACCACAAAUGGACUAGAUGAUCCAUCUUGAUGAAUCCCAAGCUAGUAAUAACUGGGUAAUUCACGGAAAUUAUACUAAAAACGGUAAACCACUCCUCGCUGGUGAUCCUCAUCUUAUGAAUUAAAUUCCUUCUCAUUGGUACUUAAUGGAACUCAACUAUGAUAGUAAAUACGUCAUUGGAGCUACUUACCCAGGUAUUCCAUUAGUAAUGAUGGGUAAAACUAACAAUAAUGCUUGGACUACUACCUCAGCACUUACUGAUCUUGCAGAUAUUUAUGAAGAAACUAUUUCUCCAAACAAGAAGCAGUACAGAGUAGAUGGUGAAUGGAGAGAUUUAGAUUAAAGAGAAGAAAUUAUUAAGAUUGAGGGACAGGACCCACUUAAACUUAUAAUAAGCCAUACUCACAGAGGACCAGUUAUACCAGAUUAAGUGUUCUAAGGAGCUGAAGUAUUCUUCGGCGAAGGUGCUGCUCAUCUUAAAACUGAAGGGCUAUAUUCCUUUGCUUGGACUGGCCACACUCCAAAAGAAAACACUAUGGACAAUGUUAGAAAUCUAAUGAACUCAGACAAUCUACAUGAUGUCUUGAAAAACAUUGACGAUAAAGGUUAUUAUUCUGUACCUUAAAACAUUCUAAUGGCAGAUAACAAGGGAAAUAUCGGAUAUUAUCUAGGAGCCAUGAUGCCAAAGAGAAGAAAUCAAACUCCAUUCUCUGGAUGUAGAGUCCAUGAUGGUAGCAAUUCAGAUAAUGACUGGGAUGGUCUACAUGAUUCCAAAGACCUGCUCAGAGUUAUAAAUCCUAAGAAGGGCUAUAUUGUCACAGCUAACAAUAGACCAGCUCCAGAACACUCCCUUUUCGACAUUGGUGCUACCUCAACUUCAACAAUCAGAGCUCAAAGAAUUACUGAGCUCAUUCAAGCAGGCGUUGACAAGGGACAUAAGUUUGACCACAAAGAUAUGAUUCAAAUUUAAAAUGAUACAGUUGAUCUUAUGGCAAGAGAUCUCAUGCCUUAUGUAUUGAGAAUUGCUAAUAACUUUAAGAGUCAUCUCAAUGAUACUGAGCAACCUUUGGCCUAAUAAGCUAUUGACAAACUAUUGUUCUGGCACGGAGAGAUGGAUGAGGAAAGCGUUGGAGCUACUAUUUAUGCUGUUUGGUAAUAUAAGCUAUACAAGACUUUAUUCCACAAGUUUUCAGACGACAAUGAGGUGAGACUGCAAAUUACAUCGAAUUAUCCAUUCAACGACUUCAUUCAAAGAUUGAUUAGAAUCAUCGAUCAGGAACCAGAGAACUAGGAUCUCAAUCAAAUUUGUGAAAUGAGAGAUUCAACAUACAAAGGUAAAAGCUCCUGCUCAUUUAACAUUGCUAAGGCAUUAGCUGAAGCUAUUGAUUUCUUGACUGUUGAAGUAUCUUAGAACCCCAAAGACUGGAAAUGGAAGAAUGUUCAUGUAAAUGAGUAUCCCAAUUAGCCUUGGAGUUUAACACCAUUUAAGUUCCUUUUCCAUAGAGAAACUCCAAUUGGAGGAAAUUCUAAUACAAUCAGAGUAUCAAAAUACAGCAUAAAGAAAGUAGAUUAGCUCAAAACAUUCAAGUCAUUUGCUACCCCUAACUAUAAAACAGUUGUGGAAUAUGCUGAGGAUCCUUUCGAUGAAAUAAUGCUAUACUCUCAUGAUGGAGGCCAAAGUGGAAAUUUGUUUACAGGGCAUUAUCACGACUUCUAAAGUGGACACUCCUUUGGUAAACUUCUAAAGGGUAUCUAUGGCAAAGCAGCAGUUGAACAAAUAGCCCAUCAAAAAUUAUAUUUCAAAAAAGACACAGAGUAAAAACUUGAGGAAUUAUCUUAGGAGCAGUAGCAUCAUGAUCAUAGUCAUGCACAUCACAAUCAUCAAGAUCAUGAUCAUAGUGACCACUCACAUGACCAUCAUCACGACCACAAUGAUCAUCAUCAUGAACAUGCUCACUCACAUCAGAAAACAUAAAGAAAAAACAAUAAUCAAAGAAAGAACAAGGCAGAUGAACUUUGA